AUGGAUUCUUCAAUGCAGACAACAUUGGAGGCCUCGAUUAAUCCUAUAAUCUUGUACUAUGAUAAAUACGUCGAGUGUUCUGGCAACCGCUUCUUCCCAUCAACACAACUUCUUGGUUUCCUCUUUAACUCAUUUUCAGCUGAAUUUCGAAGUAUGGGAGAGAUUGAUACCAAACCAAUUGAAUCGGUUCAAGUUGCAAUCUCAUUGUUCGAUGAAAGAAAAGAUAGCCCUACGAAGAGUGAUGAAUUAGAGGAGAGAGACGUGGAAAGCCUACUAAAGGACUUGGCUAGUGUAAAAGUUCAACUUGAGGUAAAGGAUUUGGCCUAUAAGCAGGCCCUCCUCAAGCUUGAUCGUUAUCAGAAAACACAAGAUGAACUUUCAACCUUGCUCAAGCAUGCCGAUUCCGUGAAGAUCAAAUACAUUGACGAAUGCAAAGAAUCUAAUAUCCGUAUAAAUCAACUAGAAUCUACCAUUAAGGAGAUGCCAGAUAAAUUACUCAAGUUUGAGAAUGUACAAAAGCAACUUUCACACGUUACAAAUGAGUAUAUGACUAGCAAAGGACAAGUUCUAAACAUGGAAACACAACUUGAUGUGCUCAGACGCGCAAAGGUUGAGUCCACAAUGCAAGUUGAGGCGAUAGAAACUGCUCUACGAGAGGAGAAACUGAAAACCGAGGAGCUCAUGAUGAAUAUUUCACAACUCAACGAUACUAUUUUCCAUAUGCAGAUGAAAGCUCAUGAAGUAGUAGAAGAAAAUACUGAAACACAGUCAGCCAAAAAAGUAGUAGCUGAAGCAGAAGCACAGUUAGAAUGUAUAGAAAAGCUCGAAAAAGAUCUUCUGGAAAAGUCGAUACUCACUGAUUUGUUGCAGUUGGAACUCAAGCAAGCAAAUGAGCAAUACAGUUGUUCUCAGAAAGUUGCAUCUGAUGCCAUUCAUGAGUUAAACAAGUUGAAAGAAGAAAUGGAACAGCAACAAAGAAAGAAUUUGGAUCCGGCUACUUACAUCACUUCACUUGAGACGCAGCUUGAAAAAUCAAAGACUGGACUUACUAAUGCAGAUGAGGUAGGCCGGUUGAACACGGAUGUUGACAGCAUGAGGGCCGAGUUAGAGAAGAUCAGAAUCGAGAUGAUUGAGACUAGAGAAAGAGAUACAGAGGCACAAGUCGAAAUAGCAUUACUGAAAUCUGAACUUCAUAAAGGGAGAUCAAAACUCGCUGCAGUUGAGGCUGCUGAAGCAAGAGCUCAGAGUGAAAAAUCAGCAUUAUAUCGUGCAGUUCACGAGCUAGCAUUAGAAGCUGAAGAAGCCAAAAAAGAGAAUCGAAAACUAAAAGAAACGAUGAAAUUGCUCAAUGAAAGUCAGAGCGAGGAACUUGUAGAAACGGGCGAGUUUAAGGCAAACUAUGAAGAAUCAGAAGGUGGAAUGGAGGUUCGUGUCACCAUGUCAAGAAAGGAAUACGACUCCUUGAUCGAGAAAGCUGAACGUACGGACCAAGUUGUUGAGCUGAUGCAUGAAAACGAGCAAGAGUUGAAGAACUUGAAGAAAGAAUUGGAAGCUGUGACGUCGAAAAUUGGAGAGCAUAGGACACGAGCAGAACAAGCCAUAAGCAGAGCCGAGGCAGCUGAGAAGGCAAAAGUAGAACUUGAAGAGCAGAAAAGGAAGUGGAAGGAGCACAAGGAAAGAAGAAUGGCUGCCAUAGCCGAGUUGCGUGAAGAAUCAUAUUCCAAAGAUUACAUUACUAGUUACAAGCAUGAUAAUGCUAUCACCAAUUACCAACCUCUAGGUAAGGUUCUUAACAUGAAAUUCUAA